UUCAACAUUACUUCUAUUUUCAGGCGACUGGAUGAGUAUACCCGCCGGAAUACCGAAUUGUCCACGCGGCUUGGAGUACCUUACGAUGGUCGACCAGCUUUUGGUUAAACAAAAAGUCGAAUUACUUGAAGCUUUCACCGGCUUCGAAACCAAUAAUAAAUUCUCCAUAAAAAAUGCGCUCGGCCAAAAAGUCUAUUACGCUGUAGAGGACAACGAUUGCUGCACGCGUAAUAUGUGUGGCCCCGCACGUCCUUUUGAUAUGAAAGUUUUCGAUAAUUUCCGUAAUGAAGUCAUCCAUAUGUAUCGCCCAUUAGCCUGUUCGGCAUGUUGUUUUCCCUGUUGCCUACAAACAAUGGAAGUGUCCGCACCGCCGGGCAAUGUAAUUGGCACCAUCGAGCAAGAAUGGUCCAUCUGUUCGCCAUCAUUUCGCAUAAAAAAUCAUAUUGGCGAUACCGUGUUACGCAUCGAAGGACCCAUUUGCACGUUUUCAAUGUGUGGUGAUGUAGAAUUUAAGGUGGUUUCUUUAACCGGUGAGCCUGUAGGGAAGAUCUCAAAACAAUGGUCUGGUUUGGCGCGCGAAAUAUUCACCGAUGCAGAUUUCUUUGGUAUUACCUUUCCGAUGGACUUGGAUGUGCGCAUGAAGGCUGUGCUUUUGGGUGCCACUUUCCUUAUUGAUGCCAUGUUCUUUGAAAAACAAGCAAAUCGUGAAGGCGACCGUCCAGGCAUGUUCUAAACAAUACGGCUUUAAUAAAAUAUUAAAAAAGUGUAUAACAAUCAAACCAUAUGCACCAUUUGGUGUUCUUUGAUAUUAAAUUUGAAAUUUAUCUCAAUAAUAUUUUAUUCGAAUGUAAAAAAUACAAAUUUUUGGAUAUAAUAUGACGUACUAGUCACCUUUAAACCAAAGUAAAAAAAAAAAAGUUUAUUUAAAACUAAAAUAUUUUUAAACUACAGCGAACAUAUGAAUUAAAAAAAAAACGUUUUUGUUGUCAAUUGAAUUGCUUUCAUCGCUUUUAAAGUGUGAUAAAUUAUUUAUAUAUGCAUUUUAUAUAAAUUGUUGUACUAAGUCAAUAGAAUUCUGUAGUAAAAAGUUUAAUGUAUGUAUAUACUCACUAAAAAUUCAUGUACAAUAACUGUAAAGAAUGUAGAUAGGCAA